AUGAACACGGGCGCCAUCUCGCCCUACUGGGACGUGCAGGGGGCUGUGGACUUCCUUGCCGCCAUGCGGUCCGCAGGGGCACUGAAGAACUUCUGCGCGCAACAUCCGGUCAGACAUUAUGCACUUAUCGACUCUUUGAGACGCGCUCCCAACUCCUACACGGACCUGACGUACUACUCCCAACACGUGUUCCGCUUCAUGGCGAAGGACGGCGAGCGGAGAUACGUCAAGUACAGACUUGUGCCUGACGUCGACGUGCACGAAACGGGCCUGCUAGAUAGGAACGAACAGCCCAAACCCUGGUACACAGAGCGUGACAUGACGGAGCGUCGGCCGCGGGGUUACCUGAGGACGGAGUUUGCGCAGGAGCUGCAGCGGUCACUGCUGGAGUACAGGCUGCAGAUCCAGCUGCACGAGUGGGUUGAGGGAGACCCGUACGAGAUCUUCAACCCAGCCUGCAUCUGGGACCCGAAGACGCACCCGUGGCUGGAGUUGGCGCGGGUGUGCGUCACCAACCUGCUCCCCCAGAGCGUCCUGGAGAGGACGGUGUUCGACCCCUCCAUCCAGCCGCCAUCUUUGGGCCUCCUGGAACCCAAGUCCAGCCAAGACCAUAAUAGUCUUCCCCACCUGAACUCUGACCUGCACGCUCGACCAAUGAAACCCGGCGAGGGUAAACUGCCGGUAGAUCUGGCGGAGGGAUCCUACGCGAUGGAGUUCCACACGGGGGUGCAGAGAGGCGCGGGGACGACGGCGGACGUCUGGAUCACGCUGACGGGAACCUGGCUCAGAACGGACCGGAUCAAGAUGGAGAAGUCUUUCUUCGACGAAUUCGAGAGGGGAGCCGUCAGCCGGUUCCACUUCAAGUCUGUGGAUGUAGAGGAGGUGCUCCUGGUGACACUGGAAAGCAGCUCGAAGGGUUUCUGGCACGACUGGUACGUGGAGAACGUGUUCGUGAACGACAGGAAGCGGGGCCGGCGGUACGAGUUCCCCUGUCACCGCUGGAUCAGGGACCGGGUGGUGCUUAGGAGCGGACACGCCUGUCUAAACGCGUACGAGUUUCACGACCUUCUGGCUGCGGAACGGCAGUUGGAGGUGCAGGACCGGCAGCGGAGGUACAAGUGGUCCUACAGCAUCCCCGGCUGCCCGGGGCACCUCUACGGCGUCACCAACCAGGACCUCCCGCGAGACGUCCGACUCCUGGACGAGAAAUCGCGAGACUUCGGCACCGCAUCAAAACGCGGGAGCGUCAAGACGUUCUUCAAGCGGGUCUUCGGGAUUCUCCGGAGUCUGGACGACUUUAAGGACCUGGCGAAUUCCGUCACGAGUAAGAUUUCUCCGCACAUCAUGGAGGACUGGCACAACGACGUGGAGUUCGGGCGGCAGUUUCUGAACGGUAUGUAA